CUCCUGGGAAACUCUCAAAAGGAAUAUGAGAAACAAGUGGCGGAAUACAGCAUCAAGACUCAACAGCGCUAUCGAGGAAAUCUGGUUCGGCAAAUUGUUAAGAAUGAGAGAAGUUACUACGAAGAGGUUCUAUCCCACAGUCGGUCUCACUUGAUGAUGUACCCGUACCACCUCUCAGAUGUGGUGGUAAAGGGACUGCGUGUCACUCCAUUUCAGUAUUACAUCUCGAUCCUCACAGAUAUUAUGUCUGCUGAAAAAAGCUACGACUCCCUUCCAAAUUUCACUGCUGCAGACUGUUUACGAUUGUUGGGAAUUGGACGAAACCAGUAUAUAGACUUAAUGAAUCAAUGUCGAUCAAGUCGAAAGCUAUUUCGUAAAAAGAAUGUUCGAGACUUGCUGCCUGCGCUGCCAUCAGAUAUUACUAUAGAACCAUGGUGGUUGGUCUGUGUUGGAUGUGUAACAGAAGACGACAUAAAGGUGCUCCAUCAGCAUUCUGGUAUUCAGAGCCUGGUAAAGGAGAGAGAGAAAGUUGUAAUUGAUUCCCUGAUUGAUGUUGGACCACAGAAAGCAGGCGAUUUGGAUAGAGAAUGUGUACAUAGUCUUUAUACAAAAGGGUUGGUGUACUUGGAAGUGCCCAUUAAUGACAGUGACUGCAUAUCUGUGCCACCACUUGAAGGCUUCGUUAUGAACCGGGUGCUGGGGGACUACCUGGAGAGCCUCAUGUACAAGAUCUUCGUUUCAAUUGAUGAGCAUACACCAGUGUCUGAGCUGGCUAAAGUGCUGGAGAUUGAUCUGGCAUUGGUGAAAGUAGCGGUGUCACUCUUCUGUCGCUUGGGGUUUGCUCACAAGAAGAACGCAGAGGUGUCAACACUGGAAAUGCACCCGUCUUGGGAGUCUGCCAUGGCUCCUACUACAAAAAAAUUGCCAACUACAGCGGAUGAUUUGCUCUUGCUAGAGUUAGAAUCAGCCCUGGCAGAGAGUUCACUGGGGGAGCAUGAUGACAUGGGCGCGUGCACUCCUCGAACUCCAACCGACGACCCCCUGGCAGCAGGGUUUGCUUUCAGUGGUCAGAGCAAGAGAAUAGCAUUCCUCUAUGAUUCAACUCUUACGGCAUUCCUCAUGAUGGGAAAUUUAUCUCAAGGUCUAAAGAGUCAUGCAGUUACUAUGUUCGAGGUGGGGAAAAUGCUCGACGAGGGUUUGGACUCACUUCUGACAGAGCUAGACAAGAUACAAAGGUCAGAUUCUGAAGGUGAGGCUCAGCGAUAUUUUGAACAUGCACUUACACUUCGAACUUCGGUCACAUUCCUUCGUCACAACCGGGAUUUGUGUUCCCCUGGGCAAGAUGUCCCGCAUGCAUUGGAUCUGAUACGUUGGGAGAGUCUGAGCAACCUGGACCCUGCCACAACUGCCCGACUUCUAAAGAAAAACUAUCAAUUCCUCGUUUCCAUGGCACCUCUGAGUUAUGAAAUCUCAGCCAUAGAGGGUGAGACGCCGCCUCACUUUGGACCUGCUAUCCCAGAGGUCAACUCUAUCUGGUUCAAACUCUUUAUCUAUCACACUACAGGCUCAGGUCCUCCAUCAUUAUUACUUCCACAGGGCGAGAGAUUACGUCGACUGCCUCAGUGUUUGGUAGGUUAUGAAAAAGUAUUAGUGACACCAUGGGGCCAUGAUCCAACUGUAGUUCCACUUGCUGCACUCUUUACCACUGUCAAUGAGGCCCUUAUGCACUCACCAGUAUUCAUUCAGGCAUAUGGUUGGUAUCAUGAUGUCUGCAUCCAGCAUAUUCCAUUCCCCUUGGAAAGUUCCAAAAUAGUAAAUCAUCCAGCUGUUCAGGUGUUGGCAAAACAACUGGACCUCCAGCAUACUUUUGGAUUUAUCAAACUGGUGGCUUUCCCUUCUGUGGACACUCCAGGCCUGACCUCUCUCACUGCAGCUGAGAUUACCACUGGCAUGCCACAGGGGGCCACAAGCACCCCUCACAAAUCAUUCAUUGCCAACUCCUCUGCCAUCACCAGUAACAGUGAAGGAUGCAACAAGACGGCGAUUGGUAAUGCAUCAGACGAUAGCGCCAUUUUUAAUUGCUUUACUCUUGAUUCUGGCCUCUCUGACAACAAUGCAGACACAAGCAGUGCUUCCAUUCCUCAGGUGGUCAGCUUCGAUGAUGUCUCCAGUAUUGUUCUAGACAAACCGGGGAACUUGAAUAUUCAGAGCUGUGGACGGGACAACAUGACACUACCUCUAGGAGGACCUUCUAUGGAUCAGUGGUACCUGCUGGAGUGCCACUUUGGUCUACCUCUCUUUGACGCUUCCCUCAACCAGCAGGUCUCAAACAAAAUUAUAUCUCACAAGCUCUUCAGUUCAGAAAGUGUCGAGAAGUUCAGCGAAUCAAACAGGAUUCUUGUUCACAAAUUAAGGGAGUUCAUCAGUGGUAAUAAGGCCCAAGGAGUGUGUGCUGAGGUUCAGCAGCGUGGUGGGUGUCGGGAAGGUGCAUCCAACCUGCCCCUUCCCACCACACCUUUGCUAUUUGCUGAGGGACGACUCAACCCAUGGGAGGGAUCCUGAUAACUCCUUGGCUUUACAUUCCUCGUAUAAACUGGUGUGAUCAAAUGUAAACAUAGGCACGUUAUGGUAAAGGUUUAGUGCUUUUUAAAUUGCAACUUUCUGAAAAUGUUUUAUUUCAGUUUGCAACUUAAACUGAAAAUACUAAUACUUGGGAUAAAAAGGGGAAUGAAGCAUUUUGUCACAUCUUGUGAGAAUGUUGGUAAAAUGCACUUUAUAUAAUAAUACAAAAUGUAAGCAAAUAAUUAGAAAGAGGCAAACAUUAGUGUCUAAAUAAUUAAUGAUUUUUAAGAACUCAAACUUAUUUAAUAAUGAACUUUUGUGAAGUUGAAAUUAUAAAAUAAAAGAAUGCCAUAAUAUUUUAUGGUAUAUAACUAAUUUUUUAGUUUAUCAGUGAGACAAUAGUGCAAACCCCUAAUAGUGUUAGGUUAAAUAUUGGUAUGAUAUUGAAGACUUGUAUAGACUAGAGAGUGAAGGCAAGUGUGAUGCAUAGUGUUAAAUAAUAAUAAAUUCAUCAUGAUGAGUUUGAAUAUUGUGUACUGUACUAUAUCCCUGUACAGUGCUCUAUAUAUAUUUUCAUGAUUUACGCACUACUUAAAAAUAGAAUGAUUUUUCUAACUUUGUGGUUUAUUAAAUUUGUAUACGUCCUUCCACAAUGCAAAUUUUUAACUCUGUCCACUGAUCAUGAGGAAUGAUUCUACUCCGAAGCUUUAAAAUUUUCAAUUGGGAUGAUAAACCUGUGAUGUUAGCUAGUCCACAUAUUCUCUACAACACAUUUAGGCCUACGUAUACAUGCUAUUCAUAACUGUGACAGAAUCCUGGCACAUUCUGAAAAUAUGUUCACACACAAUUUUCAUCUAUUUUUCCACAUUGAUACAUAUACAUAAUCUACUUUCUGGGAGGCGCCCCUGAUUAGCUGCCUAAUGCUACAACCUGGCAAUGAGCAAGCCUUGGAGAACACACCAGGCCGCUAGACUCGCAAGUGUCAACUCGCUACCACGACCAGAAUCUGGACUGUUCAGGGGGAAAGCCGGAAGAUGAGAAAUUACCACAGCAACCAUGAAAAACUCUACCAGAAAGUCAAAACACUCAAGUAAUUGCUGGACAAAUUUGUAACCCUGGCAAAAAUAGAGACAAUAAUUAUUUCCACGGGAUAAGUCCUGCUGCUGAAGCGACCAGAGUCUUGGCCAGUCCAUUCACAAUACGACUGGAAAAAAAAAAUCAAACCCAGUAAGGCAGCCUAAGAAGAAGUCUACAGAGAAGGAAACCUGAACCCCACUGAAUAGUUAGCUCUAGUCAAGAAGGGUAUAUGGCAACAGUCACUAUGAGAAACAACCCUGGGCAUAGUUUGAGCUGCAAGCUGGCGCAAACCCCGUUAUUAGGCCUAGCAGAGGAGUAAAAAGGAAAAUCUGCACUGCCCAAAAUGGCAAAAAGACUUGAGGAGGAACCCCCAAACCCUCAAUGAGAAGUUACCCUGGUGAGGCAAGGGCAAAUGCAUGUCAUUGAAGAAAGAUAACCUGACUGGACGGCUUUAGCAAAAUCUGAACAUUAGGACAUGGACUGUGGGUGGCGGACACACACAAUGCUACAAAAUAAAAACAAAAACAAAGUAAUGACCCUGCACAGAACUAAACAUUUAAGGAGUGGCUAACACCACCUAUCUUAACCACUGUACUGCGCAGAGUGCUCUAAGGCGCUCCUGAGAGUUGUGCUUUUUUUUUUCUUAAUUAGGCUAUAUUUUAAUGUUUUUUAAUGUUUUCAUCACUCUUUGUGAUUUGAAUGAAAAUGGUUGAAUUUGGAAACAUUUUGAUAGUAACUUUAUCUGAACAUUUAAUAAUUGCACUAUGAAGAUUUGCCGAAACCAGGCGCGCAGUGCGGUGGUUAAAGAAGAAGGAUAAUUGUGGAUCCAGGAACAAGGUGUGUGUCUCCAUCUCGGUUGUCCCUGGGUUUUGUGACCUGUUGUCCUCGGACUGUGUCUGGCAUUUUUUUUCUGGUUGUCCCCCCCAGGCUUUCCCUUGUCUCUUUAAGUAGUCCAGAUUCUGGUGCCAGUAGACACUCAUGGGUCUAGUGGCCUGGUCUAGUCUCCAAGACUUGGUCAUUGCCAGGUUGUAGCACAUGGAUGGAGCUAAUGAGGGGACCCUCCCAGAAAGAAAUGUUUCAUUAUCUUCUACACUGGAUUUUUUUAUACUGGAUUUUUAUAUAUUUAGAGCACACUAUACAUUUAUUCAUACUUUUACACAAAUUUCACCAUAAAAUUAAGAAGACUUUACUGUAUGAUCAUUUGUUAAAUCCCCCUUCAAGGCGAUUGUUAAAGAUACGUCUUGCAGUAGUUUUUUAUGGUAAAAUUUGUGUUGUGUGAAACACAAAACCAUGUUCAUUCUACUGAUUCAUAUGUAGUACUGUAUUUACAGACAAAUUUAAACCUCAAUUUCAUGUCACCUCUAUCACACAUUUACAAUCAGGCUUAAUAUAAACAAGAAAAAGACUCUUCCAGGUUUUCGAUGUUUCAUGCAUUUCCGUCCAUUAUGGCAAACAUGUUAAUCCUUGUACUGUGCAUUCUUACAUUCUGUCAUCUGUUUAUCCUUGGGAGUGGAUAUUACCUAAUGUUUCUUUCAAAGAUGAGUUUUUCCCUUCAGGAAAUAUAUAUUUCCUCCUUUAAAAUAGUUGCAUUAGGAAUUAAAUAAUUGAAAGAUAUGAAACUAAUCCUUUGUGCGCUGGAAGAGUUAUAUGUGUGUUCACUAACAGUGUGUGUAUAUAUAUACACUGGUGGAGCACACAUGAUCACUAAGUGUGUGUGUGUGUGUGUGUGUGUGUGUGUGUGUGUGUGUGUGUGUGUGUGUGUGUGUGUGUAA